CACGGAGCGCCAAGCUCGCCGCACACACGGAACGCCUCCCCGUCCGUCAGUAUUCUGCUCCAUCACCUCCGCCGGUACAUCGUGCCCUGCCACCACCACUCCCUCUCUCCUCCUCCUCGGUGCUGGAAAAUGGCGACCUCGGUCUGUGUCAACAUCCAGAUGCUGCUGGAGGCGGCGGAGUAUCUGGAGCGGAGGGAGAGAGAAGCCGAGCAUGGUUAUGCUUCCAUGUUGCCUUACAAUAGCAAAGAGAGGGAUAGCUUGAAGAGGAAAAGCAAAUCGAAAAAAAGCAGCAGUAGCAGAUCAACCCAUAAUGAAAUGGAGAAAAACAGGCGAGCUCAUUUACGGCUAUGUCUGGAAAAGCUGAAAGUAUUGGUACCCUUAGGACCUGAUUCCAAUAGGCAUACUACAUUAAGUCUCUUAACAAGAGCAAAGUUGCACAUAAAGAAACUUGAAGAUUGUGACAGAAAGUCACAACACCAAAUAGAGCAGCUACAGCGGGAGCAGCGACAUCUAAAAAGGCAGCUAGAAAAAUUUGGCGUUGAGAGGAUACGAAUGGAUAGUAUAGGAUCCGCAGUAUCUUCCGAGAGAUCUGAUUCAGAUCGAGAGGAGAUUGAUGUGGAUGUAGAAAGUACAGACUAUUUAACAGCAGAGCUGGACUGGAGUAGUAGCAGCAGCAGUGCCAGUGAC